AUGGCGGCGGCGCCAGCGGUGUGCACCUCGCAGGGGACCCCGCCGGGUGCACCGUCCGCGCCGGCGGCCUCGCCAGCACCCGCGGCAGGCCUGGGCCGCUGCCGGAUGGCGCUGCUGCUGGCCGUGGCGCUGGAUGUGGCGGGCAUGGCGGCGCUGCUGACUGGCGUGUUCGCGCAGCUGCAGGUGCGCGGCCGCGACUUCGGGGACCUGCUCAUCUACUCGGGCGCGCUGCUGGUGUUCCUGAGCCUGCUGGGCUGGAUCCUCUGGUACACCGGCAACAUCGAGAUCUCGCGCCAGGAGCUGGAGCGCGACUACGGCCUGCGGCCCUCGGCGCUCGCCCGCCUGGCGCGCAAGCUCUCCCGCCGCUGGUCGGCGCCCGCCGCCGCGGGCCAGCGCCCCGCGCCCGGCUCCCGGAGAGCGCGCCGAGCCGCCCGCGCGCCCCCGCCGCCCGCCGCCGGCUCCCGCCGCGUGCGCCUGCAGCUCGCCACGCUCGAGGCCGGGCCCGGGGCGGCGGGCGCGGGCAGCGAGUGAGGCCCAGACAACCCCUCGGCUCCAGCUGUCAGGACCGGACUGAGAUGUGCAGCUGCCCCUACAUCCGUGGCCAGACGGACGCUCCCUGUACCCCCUCCCUCCUCACUUGGAUAAAAAGCAGAUUUGCCUUA